AUGACAGACACGUCGUCCCAUCCGCUCUUGGUGAUGUCCCCAUCCAAAGCCCACGGGCUGUUGUUUACGAAAAUGAGGGACAAGAACACAUCAUCCGUGGAUUUUGUCUACUAUGCGAAGAGGGCCAUGCGAUUGGUCGCAGAAGAUGCCUUGGCCGAAUUUCCCACCACGAUAUCUUCGAUCGAGACACCCUGUGGUCCCUUUGAAGGUUUGGAGAGCGUGGCGCCGACAGAUCUGUGUGCCGUCUCUAUUGUUCGCAGUGGCGAUGUGCUGUUGGAGUCGGUGCGAGAAAUUCUGCCAGCCUGCAAAGUAGGCAAGAUUUUGAUACAACGAGACGAGUCUCAUCCCAAAAAGUUGCCCAAAUUGUUCUAUAGCAAGUUUCCCCCCGGAAUCAAGGACAUGUUCGUGUUACUGUGUGAUCCCAUGUUGGCCACGGGUGGCAGUGCCAUUACUGCACUGGAUGUUCUAGUAAAAGGAAACGGAGUGGAUCCCAAGAAAAUCAUCUUUGCCAACAUGAUUUGUGCUCCCCAAGGACUGAGAGUCCUCGCAGCAGCGUAUCCGGAUGUCAAGAUUGUCACUGCCGUUGUGGACAAGGAGCUGAAUGAUGACAAGUUUAUUGUGCCAGGAUUAGGGGACUAUGGGGAUCGGUUCUUCAACACGGUAUGA